AUGCCUGACUCGACUUCGGAUGCACUCCCUCUUUUCAACACCUCGCCUGCAUUCCGCAAGACACAUCCGCCAGAUGAGAGCUGGCAAUUUGGUGAUGGUCUACGAGUGGAAACGAAACUCGGUGCAGAGUGGAAGAAGAACGAGGAAUCAGGGUGGAAGACAAUGAACGUGGAUGAGAUGGAGAAGCCGCUUGUGUACAAGAUGUUGAUAUCUGCAAUUGUACCUCGACCGAUUGCAUUUGUGGCAACACUGUCGGAUUCAGGCAUGCCCAAUCUCGCUCCUUUCAGUUACUUUUCUCUGGUAUCACAUAAUCCUCCGCUAGUCAGCGUUUCCUUCACUCUACCAUCAAAGGGCGUCAAAGACACUAGGGAAAAUAUCAAGAUUACUAAGGAGUUUACAGUUAAUAUCAUCAGCGAACCAUUCAUCGAAGCUGCGAACGCCACAUCUAUAAAUGCACCUCCCGAGGUCGACGAGUUUGCCAUAAGCGGACUGACACCACUACAGAGCGUAUGUGGCAUCUAUCAUCAUUAUGCGAGAACGCCAUUAAACGUGAUUUUCUCAAAGGACGUCGUAAAGCCUCCUCGUGUUCGAGAAAGUGCUGUCAGCUUCGAGUGUGAGCUCUUCCACUUUCUAGACAUUGCGCCUUCCGCAGUCCUGCCAGACGGAAGCAGUACUUCGCCAUCAACAACCGUAAUCUUAGGACGUAUCCGCCGCGCACAUAUUCGUCAUGCUGUCCUUUCCCAGGACGAGAUUACUGUGGACACGGCAGCCUUACGUGCUAUCGCUCGCAUUGGUGGCGUAGGUUACGCCAGGGUUGGCGAGGGGUUCGAUUUAGCCAGGCCAAGCUGGCGAGAGGAUGGAGAAACGGUGAGGCAGAUUUUGCAGAGGAAGGGCGUUCAUGAUCGGGAUGUGGCAAAGGACGCCGAAAGAAAUGCAGGAUUAUAG